GCUAAUUUGAAACAACGAAAAGUAAAAAAAAAAACAACAGGGCGCAGUAACUAGCGUAAACAAACUGCCAAAAAACAUUAAAUUUGGUAAUUUCUUUCACAAAAAUUCACCUACAAUAAUCGGCUCAAGAUGCGAGAAAUUGUGCACAUUCAAGCGGGACAAUGCGGAAACCAAAUUGGCGCCAAAUUUUGGGAAGUUAUUUCCGACGAGCACGGCAUCGACCCCACCGGAACGUACCACGGCGAUUCGGACUUACAACUGGAACGAAUAAACGUCUACUACAACGAAGCCACCGGUGGCAAAUACGUACCGAGAGCGGUACUGGUCGAUCUCGAGCCUGGAACCAUGGAUUCGGUCCGAUCUGGUCCAUUCGGACAGAUAUUCCGUCCAGACAACUUUGUCUUCGGACAAAGCGGCGCGGGAAAUAACUGGGCGAAAGGCCAUUACACGGAAGGCGCCGAGCUGGUGGAUUCCGUGUUGGAUGUUGUCCGAAAAGAAGCCGAAGGCUGCGAUUGCAUGCAAGGUUUCCAACUUACACAUUCGCUAGGAGGCGGAACAGGGUCUGGUUUAGGCACGUUGCUCAUUUCGAAAAUCAGAGAAGAGUAUCCUGAUAGGAUUAUGAACACAUUUUCUGUGGUACCGUCGCCGAAAGUAUCAGACACUGUCGUUGAGCCUUACAAUGCCACUUUGAGCGUUCAUCAGCUAGUAGAAAAUACAGAUGAAACUUAUUGCAUUGACAAUGAAGCACUGUACGAUAUUUGCUUUAGAACAUUGAAGCUUACAACCCCUACAUAUGGCGACUUGAAUCAUUUGGUUUCCGCUACAAUGUCCGGCGUAACUACUUGCCUAAGAUUCCCUGGUCAAUUGAAUUCAGAUUUAAGAAAAUUGGCAGUAAAUAUGGUACCAUUUCCACGAUUACACUUCUUCAUGCCUGGCUUUGCACCUUUAACAUCCAGAGGCAGUCAACAAUAUCGUGCCCUUACCGUACCAGAAUUAGUUCUACAAAUGUUCGAUGCCAAGAAUAUGAUGGCAGCGUGUGACCCUAGACACGGAAGAUAUUUGACCGUAGCAGCUAUUUUUCGGGGUAGAAUGUCAAUGAAAGAAGUCGACGAACAAAUGUUAAACAUCCAAAACAAAAAUAGUAGUUAUUUUGUGGAAUGGAUUCCCAACAACGUUAAAACUGCAGUGUGCGAUAUACCACCCAGGGGAUUGAAAAUGUCUUCGACGUUCAUCGGCAAUUCGACUUGCAUUCAAGAAUUAUUUAAAAGAAUUUCAGAACAAUUCACAGCCAUGUUCAGACGAAAAGCUUUUCUUCAUUGGUACACCGGCGAGGGCAUGGACGAAAUGGAGUUCACCGAAGCAGAAAGUAACAUGAAUGAUUUGGUGUCGGAAUACCAACAGUACCAAGACGCCACGGCGGAAGAGGAAGGCGAAUUCGACGAAGAAGAAGAGGCCGAGGAAGGAGAAAAUUAAAGAAAUGUUUUGUAAAUUGAAUAAAAUUAUUCUCGUGUCCGUAAUGUUAAAAAAUCUGCAAAUCUUUUUGUAGUUUUCAUAAUAUCCGUGAACUUGUAAAAUAUGUCUGUAAGAUUUUUAAUACAAAUUUUAUUAGGUUUUUUUGAACGAUGUAGUAGUUUUAUUUUGAAUUUUUUCUUUUCCUUUAUUAAAACAUGAAAGUUAUAA